ACAAGCAAUAGAUUUGCAUGAAUCUAUGCAUUUAGUGUGUUCCCACAGAAAUUGAUAAGCUCUUGAAUGUGGUUGUGUGUGUGUGUGAGUGUUUGUCUGUAUGCGUGUAUGUCAGUCUUUAUGUCGAACCUUACUGUAAAAUUGGGUGUUUCAAAUGAAGUAAUUACAGAUCACAAUUACUUAGUGUAAUAAACGUGCCAUAAGAUGUGAAGACUGCUGACAUUCGAACGUUAUGGACCACAAAGGCUGGAUGUAGCUGUAGAAAACCUUGCGUGGGGUUUGUUGCUGUCAAGAGCUUUCAAGAUCAAUUAUAGAGUGUGUUUUAUUCUGACAGAAAUCUGACUCAAGCUAUAUGAACGCCUUACUUUGCUAACAACCGUAGGAAUAGCAUGUAGGCUAGCUACUGGCGUGAUUUGUGUGGGGCGGGGGCGUUCUCUUCUGACAUUCUCAAACAAUAAGAGUAAAGGGACUGCAUGAGCCCGCGCACCAUAGCUACCAGCCUUGUCACACUGUGCGUCGACCAUUCUAAAAACACAUUUUGCAGCUUUGUGGAGUGUAUAGGAAGCAGGUAGAGGAUUAACUAAUUGAAUUUAAGGUGAACAUAAAAACAGUCUUCCCCACAGAGAAGGCGUUCUUCUCCAGAGUUUUUGGAUCAAUCACGCCGACAGUGGCUUCUUUUGAUUAAACCCCAAAUUGUCAUUGGGCAGAAGUAAUCAUGUGACAGGCAAUUCGGUCCAAUUUCAACCUUGUCUCCAUGAAUUCAAUAGUUUAACAGUAGCUCGGUCCCCAUACGGCCGUAAUCAGUGAAAUAGAAAAAAAACACAACUAGAUUUUUUAAAUGAUUUUUUCCUCUCUUUUUCUCACUGAGCCGCAAAAUUUAUAAAAAUACGCGUGAAAACUUUCCUCGGCUCUCAGGGAGCGGAGAUGAAUUACGAAUUCGAGCGAGAGAGCGGUUUUAUCAAUAGUCAGCCGUCGCUUGCAGAGUGCCUGACAUCUUUCCCCCCUGUCGGUGAUUCAUUUCAAAGUUCAUCAAUCAAGAGCUCGACGCUUUCACGCUCGACACUGAUUCCUCCUCCUUUUGAGCACACCAUUCCCAGCCUCAACCCGGGCAGCCAUCCGAGGCACAACCGGCCCAGACACAGCCCCGAUGGAUGCAGCCCGCUGCCCACUGCCUCCUUACCCCCGGAGUACCCCUGGAUGCGGGAGAAGAAAGCCUCCAAGAAGAAUCACCUGCCGACUUCCACAGCAACCGCAAUAGCCAGCGGACCUGUGUGCUUCUCGCCAAAAGGAUCGCCUGAGAUUCUGGAGAGUGGCGGUGGAGGAGGAGGGGGUUCCCGUCGGUUGAGGACAGCGUACACCAACACACAGCUCCUGGAGCUAGAGAAAGAGUUUCACUUCAACAAGUAUCUGUGCAGACCGAGAAGGGUGGAAAUAGCUGCUUUGUUGGACCUCACCGAGAGGCAGGUGAAAGUGUGGUUCCAGAACCGGCGUAUGAAGCACAAGAGGCAGACUCAGUGCAAGGAGAAUCACAACGGUGAGGGGAAAGGGCCGACUGCCGAGGACGGAAUUCAUAGCGAGGAGGAAGAGGACGAGGACGAGGACUCUAUAUUCGAUCAGAGCCUUAAUAGAGAGUCCGGGGCCCUGUUGGAGAGGGAAACCUGCUCAUUUCAACAAAACACCAUCAGCUCCACACAGCUGCUCCAGAAUGUAGGCCAUCACAAUAGCGAGGCCCAAAGUUAUACUACUUCUCCACUGGGCAGCAAUGACAAAAAUCUGAAACAUUUUCCUAACCCGUCACUCACUGUUGCAGGCUGCGUGUCAACAAUAGGCCCCGGCACUGCAUCUGCCCCGGACAAUAGAGCAAGUCCCCCGGCCCUGGACGUCUCAAUACACGACUUUCAUGUGUUCUCCUCGGAUUCUUGCCUUCACCUCUCCGAUGCUGCUUCGCCCAGCUUGUCAGAAUCUCUGGACAGUCCUGUGGACAUAAAUACGGACAGCUUCUAUUUUUUUUCGGAGUCUUUAACAACAAUUGAUUUGCAGCAUCUAAACUAUUGAAGUUAAUCCUAUAAACAAAUACAUUUUAUCUGGAGCAUUUACUUACACUGCAACUUUGGUAUUAACCCUCAAGUAAAUGUUAUGGUGGUUUAGUACGACAACCACAUCUCUUUUAUUGAUUAACUGAAUUGAUUAAUACGACUGUCGAUUAAUACAAGGUAAGAAUAUGAAAGUACAUCAUUGAAAUACACAAUCUGUAGCCUGUAGAAUUAGGCUAAUCAAAUAAAUGAAACUCUUACUGUGGAAGCAGAGUGUAAAAGGUAGACCUAAAACUAAGAACCUUGUUAAUUUUAUUUUUGUAAAGCUUGUACAAUGCCAUGCAUAUUUUUGUUAGAAUACAUUUUGCUUCAAGGA